AUGGCUGACGCGCCCAAGCUUGACCUAGCAUCACUGCCACCCAUAUUCGUUUUGUCAGCUAAUCUACCAGAAAAUGAAAUGCAUGAAGCUGAAGAUGCUGUACUUGAAGCCGGUGGCCAAUUGUCGUACAACGCAGAGGAAGCAAGGAUCUUUGUUGGUAAGAUAAGCCAGAAGGAACGAGCUGCAUUUGAACUUAGAACGAAGGGUGUGUGGACAGAGGAGACUUCACUUUCUGGGGAACCACCGAGUAAGAAGCGCAGAGUGGCACCGGCCCGAAACGACCCUCAAGACGGCUCGGGAACUGAACGUGAAGAUGACAGUAACGUGAGACCCGACAACGAAACUUCGACAAUCGACCUUCAGAAUCGCGUUGUCGUACUUAAGAUCGACUGGCUGUAUAAGAGUUUGGAAGCUGGCCGUCGUCUGCCUUACCAACCAUACCUGGUUUACACUGGGCGUACGGGCUCGAAACCUCAAGACCAAGCGGCCAAAUCGACUGCGCCUCCUGGCGUGGUAACAUACAUCAACGCGACAUCAGAUUUUUUGACUGCUUCGAGCACUGUUACAAAGGCAUCCGGCUCACAGGAAAGCUCGGUCUUGAGCUCGACCUCGAUCGUUGAACAUACUCGGACCGCUUCCAAAGACAGCCAUCAGACACCCGAAACAGCGAAAUGGAGUCCUCGUCGCUUUCGUGAUCAGAAACAUGGCAACCAUACUGUGCUCACGGCUACGCAUCCGGCUCUGAAGCGUGCUACUACUUCCGAGCACGACUUCCUAACUGCUCACGACUCAUCGUUACCACCUCUACCUUCAUGGAUGCUUGAACCUCAUCCACGUGCUAAUUACUCGUGCCUGAGGUCAACUUUCAUGCCACCAGUCAAUCAAGCUUUUAUAGAACACCUUCUCAAGAUCAAAGAAGCGCGUACGCUGACGUUAGACGAAAUAGGUGUACGGGCGUAUUCGACAUCGAUAGCUUCACUUUCAGCUUACCCGCGUUCCAUCACAUAUCCUAGUGAAAUUGCUCGAUUGCCAGGUUGCAGCGAGAAGAUAGCCACUUUGUGGGCGGAGUGGUAUACUUCUGUCCCCAAAGAAGCGGCGGACUCUGAACGGUCUCUCGCUGUCACCAAGAAUCUGGAGAACGACGACGAUCUGAAACAUCUGCGGCUCUUCUAUGACAUCUGGGGAGUCGGUGCUGAGACGGCGAGGAAGUUCUACUUUGAUCACGGCUGGAGAGAUCUUGACGACUUGGUAGAGUAUGGCUGGAGUACCCUAACUCGCGUUCAGCAGAUCGGCGUCAAAUUCUACGAUGAGUUCCUCGUCAAAAUACCUAGGAAAGAGGUCGAGGAAAUAGCCGACAUCGUGCUUUACCACGCACGACUCUCCCGCGACAUACCUGAAGGGUUCUGGAGCAACAAGGAGAACAACCACAAAGGGAACCGGACAAAACCAGACGAUGGCAAGGCAGACGCUAACUGGGAUCCGAGAGAUAUGGUCUGCGUGAUUGUAGGUGGUUACCGAAGAGGUAAAUCCCAAUGCGGCGACGUCGACGUGAUCCUCUCCCACCGCAACGAGGAAUACACAAAAGACCUGAUCAUCGACGUCGUCAAAAGCCUCGAAGACGCCGGCCACAUCACCCACACACUGACCUUACACACCAGCAACAGCGAUCGCGAUCAACAAACCCUACCCUAUCGGUCCGGCCACGGCGGCCACGGCUUCGAUACCCUCGAUAAAGCUCUAUGCGUAUGGCAAGACCCGAACUUCGACGAGGAGAAACACGAGAAGAAUCCGAAUAUACAUAGGAGAGUGGACAUCAUCAUCUCUCCGUGGCGAACUGUAGGCGCAGCGGUCCUCGGCUGGAGUGGCGCGACUACUUUCGAGCGAGAUAUCAGGGUCUGGUGUAGAAAGGAGCAUGGUUGGAAGUUUGAUAGUAGUGGUAUUAGGGAUCGUGUGUCGGGGGCCGUAUUGGAUCUUGAGAGUCCUAAGACGAAAAGGGAUGGAAAGCUUAAGGAGGGGGAGGUUGCGGAUAAUGGAGACGGUUGGGAGGAUAGGGAGAGACGGUUGAUGGAGGGCAUGGGGAUUGGCUGGAGACCGGCGACGGAGAGGUGUACUGGGUGA